ACGAGUUCGACAUGUGUCUUUUACGACUGUAUGUGCUGGUGUUGGCGGCCUAUAAUGCCCGUGGGUACUAUUAUGAAUCUGGCGCCCCACCGUCGUGGUACUAUGACGACUCAUCAUCCAGCGAUUCUGACGAAGAUAUAUACAUAAUAGACAUCCCAUUUGAGGGUACGUUUAAGUUCAUUAACGAACCCAAGACGUGGAGGGAAGCCAGCCAAUACUGUCGUAAUGACGACGGGAGAAUUGCCAGAAUUACGUCGCAGCACAUGCAGGACACCGUUGUGGAUUUUAUUGCAACCAUGAAUUCAGAACCACUCGGAUAUUGGAUUGACGGGAGAGACAAAGGUACAGAAGGUGUCUGGACUUAUAGAGACGGUACCCCGAUGUCGUACACAGCAUGGGCGCCUUAUUCGCCAGACGGUACUGGUGACUGCCUUGUGAUGUCAAUGGAACACUCCUACAAGUGGACUGACGAGACAUGCAGUGAUAAAGUUUUUUACGUUCUUUGUCGAUAUGAGGGUCGCGGACCAACGUCUUGUACAAAUACGAUUGAAAAUAACGUUGAUCGAAAGGGAAGCGAUAUAAACAACGGCAGAUACAACGUCGUCGGCAGCCAAGCCGAAUGCUGCCAACAAUGUCGAAGUGACCCAGAAUGCCUCGCGUGGACGUUCGAUAAGCGACCGGAAAGCUAUGGCCAGUGUUGGCUGAAGAACGAGAUACCGCCACAGACACGAAGUUUCUGUUGCGAUUCUGGUACAUUCGUGGAACGAAUUGACAAAUAAAUGUAACAAUUGCAUUGUGAAUAAAACAUCACAUCAAAAUGUUC